AGAUUUAAGAUGAUUCACAUGAAUUAUCGUGACAACGGAUGAAAACAAUGAAACUGAAGCAUAUUUUUCUGUGCCUCUGCUAUACGUUUCUGACAUCAGAGUUUAUCGAUGCUCAACUUUGUCACGAAAAGUUGGGGGCCGAAUGGAAACGAAAUACAUUUUCCACGCCUGGAUUUCCAAUUCCAUACAUUGGGAAUCUCAACUGUUCAUGGGUAAUCGUAGCUGAAGCCGGCACACAAAUCGAAUUAAAGUUUUUUAUCGUCGAUUUGGAACCCGAGUAUGAUACAUUGAAGAUUUACGAUGGUAAAGACGAAACUGCGCCAUUGUUAUCUGUUUUGCAUGGACGAAUUCACGUUCCUGAAGCUAUUAUAUCAUCAGUUGGAUUUUUAUUUCUUCGAUUUACGUCAGAUGAUAGUGUUUCCAAAAGAGGAUUUCGCGCCCAAUACAGAUUCGCUCUUUCCUCAAAAAUGAAUGUUACUACUGUUAUCCAGUCCUGCUUGGCUGAUACAACCAUCAGCAAAGAAGUUUAUAAUAGCGACACAGUACCAAGAGAGGUUGAAUUCAAAGUUGUGUUUCCUCAUGAUGCAUAUGUGACAGAAUUUGAAAUGACUGUUGGAGGAGUCAAAUAUUUUGGACAAGUUGAAAGAAAAGAAAGUGUGAAACAAAAAUAUGACAAGGUUGAUGUUCAAUGGGUUAGCAUGGGCUACGUGAGCUCAACAAAAGAUUUAGCGAAACGAUUCUUCACUGGAAUUCUACUCAAGCCGAAAGAAACCGUCAAAUUCGAAAUUAUUUAUCAACAACUUCUGCAAAGAAGGCUCGGCAGGUAUACGAACACAGUCGUGCUUACAAGAGAUUUUUUACUGAGCGACUUGAACGUUGAUGUAUACAUUUGUGCAAGAUCGAAACUCUCGUUUUUACAGGUUCCUCCAAUGGAAGACGCAGGAGGUAUGUCCUAUAUGGGACAAGUUCGUUUUCUGGGACGACGGGACAAUUUCCCUUCAGACGUAAAAGUUGAAAAAGAAGAGAAUGUUGCGCAUAUUUCAUAUCGAUCGUCAAGAAAAGGAAGAGUAGAUCCCAUUAAAGUUAAACGAAGUGUUUUUGUCACCCAUUACGAUGUAGAUCGGGAAGACCAUGGAGCUUUGUCAGUCUUCGGAGGAGAAUACUUCGCCACCUUCUUUUCGCCAGUAAGUCCAAAUCUAGUUCGCCGGAUCGUGUUUGUUCUUGAUGUUUCUGGCUCCAUGGCUGGAAAUAAGAUAAAACAAGUAAAAAAAGCAAUGAAAAACAUUCUUUCAAGAUUAACACGAAGAGACUCUUUCAACAUUGUGCAAUUUGAAUCAGUUGUUCGCAAGUGGAGACCAGUUGGACUGGUAGCAGCCACACCUGAAGCAAAGAUUUCGGCGAAUAAAUAUAUCGAUAGUUUCGACCCGGAGGGUAAAACAAAUAUUCACGAAGCUCUAAUCACGGGAAUAAAACUUCUUUCCUCAGGCAAAACGGGCGAUUCUCUCAGAAGAAGUGCUGACGUUAAUCCCUACAGAGACUUUGUGUUUUUUCUUGGAGAUGGAAAACCAACCGUGGGAGUGAGAAAUCCAACUUCGAUCUUGAAAUCUGUUCGAGGCGCAAACAGAAGAGGGUACGGCAUCAAUGCAAUUGGAUUUGGAAAAAAUGUGGACGUUCCCUUUUUACAAAGAAUAACGAGAGAAAAUAGUGGGAAAUGGAGAAUAAUAUACGACGACGAAGAUAGUCACGUCCAGAUUCAAAAUUUUAUAACCGAGCUUGGAGUACCUAUAAUGACAGAUGUUACAUUCAACUAUUCGCCAAAACAAGUGAAUUUCACAACAAGACGGCGAAAUUUAGUUUUAGUAAACGGAGGAGAAGUUGGCGUAUUUGGCCGUUUAUUGCCAAAUUUAACAGAUGAAUACAUGAAUGUUACGGUAACGGGUAAAACAUUCAAACGGGUGUCAAACACAUUUAGUUUCCCGUUGAAUCGAAAUACCACUCAGUGCAACAGUAUAUCAGAAAAACUUGUCGAUGAAUUUGUGGGAAGAGGAUAUGGAAUUGCCAAAUUAGAAGAAACAUUACGAAGACUUCGUGAAAGCACAGAUGAAGAUGAAAACGUAGCAUUGACGGAUGAAGCCACUGACAUUUCACUUGAGUUUAACCUCGUCACGCCCGUGACAUCACUCGUUGUAAAGAAACAAAAUCAGACAAAAGAAAGAGAGAAAACAGAAAAACCUAAAAUAGAAGAAACGAUUAAUAGGGGUUCAAAAGAGCCGAGGUCUGGGGAACCUAUCGAACCUGGGGAAAUAAUCGAUGAACUACCUGGGGUAUCUAAACCAUGGGUAUUUGAAGGUGAUCCUCAUUUUAUCGUCGCAUUGGGAAACAAUAUUACAGUUUGUUUCACUUGGAAUGGCACAGAUGGCCAGAUAUAUAAUUUGCUGAAUGACCCGAUUUCUGGAAUAACAUUGAAUGGAUUGAUAAAGUAUGGACCUCGUUCACCAGAUUCGGAGUCGAAAAGCAAUUGUGAUGUUUUGAAUAUAACAAAAAAAUUAGAAUUUUCUCACUCUAACAAAAAUGAGGAAAAUAAAACGUGUAAUGCGGAUAUUGAAUCGUUUUUUGUUAAACUUGGAUUUGUUUUUCCAAAGGAAAGGAUAAAAAUUGAGGUAACAACAAGAGAAGUUAGAGUGAGAGACGAAAGAAAUCAAAAGAACAUAAUCAAAGAAGUGUUCCCAACUUCUGACGAUAAUAUAAAUAUAGUUCGGGGACGUAUCGGUAUAAAAGCAUAUAACAUAACGAAAGUUCAUUCAUUUGUCAAUAUAACUUUGAAUGGAACAAUUACCUUUAUUAUCAAUCAAAAGCGAGGACGGAAUCUUCCAAAAGAUAAGAAAAGAACUACUCUGAUUGAUCAUCUGGAUCUUGAUAUCGUGGGUCAUCAAAAUUUGUCACCAUAUACCGGAGGUCUAUUCGGAGUAUUCCCUACCGACGUGAAAAGGGAUUUAAAAAAACAAAAGAAGGGGAACUAUCCGGUUGCAAGACUGCGGCGACCAGGAAAGGAAAACUUAUUGCAGUACAGGCAGCAUCGAAUAUCUGUUGACAAGAUUUCUAUAGACGAUCCGUUUAGCAAAGUUCCAAGGGAAUGCUGGUUUACAUAUGAAGAAAACCUGGUUACUGGAAAACCAGAUGACGCCUUCAAACACUUACGUAAUCAACAUGACAGAAAAAACGAGGAACCAUUUUUUUGUCAACAAAACAGGAAAUUUGGACAUAUACUUCCAUUAUAUGAUUUUUAUGUUAUACAUGAUUGA